ACCAUGCCUGCACAAAGGAUAACUUAAUUUAAAAAAAUUAAAAAUACUUAGCAACUGUUACAGUUUUUAUCGCUGAAGCAGGAAAAAAGUUAGUGUUAAUGCAUCGAGGUGUGUCCUGCCCUUAUGGCUGUUUAGAAGUGUAUAGAUUUCCUGCCCCGCUUUCCGCGUUCACCCGUGGGCUGCCGGCUGCCCUCCUAUCCAGGUGUUCUUCCCAGCAUCCUGAGUCGCUGACCAGGAGCAGCAUUCGGUGUCCCGUGUGCUUGGCAAGCACCAUUCGGUCAUGCAAGAAAGGAGAGUAGACUGGUUUUCACCAUGGUCUGUCCUUCCCCAUACUGCUGUGGACAUAAGCUGAGGGGGGAGUUUUCUCCUUGCAGUGUUCCUACUCUUAAAAAGAUCUGUUAGCCAGCCUGAAUGAGAGGGCUCUCUCUAACGUGAGCGGGAGAAACUUGGGAAGUCCUUGGCUCAGCUUCACGUGUGGAUCAAGUGAUAGUCUUCAUACAAUCAUCCCCUUAGAAGUGCUGCCCCCCCCCCCGUAAAUGGCAUGACCUUUCCAAUCAGAUCUAGACUACCAGAUUUGCUGAGAGGUCAUUAACUCCAAAGAGGUCAUUUGGGUUUAGUAUUACCAUUUUCUGGUUUUUAGCUCUAUUAUCAAGAAGGUUUUCUCCUGAAAUUGGGUUUCAUCCAAGCUCUUGGCUCUUUAGCAUGUUUUUCUUAAAUAAUUUUGUCAAACAAAUCACCACCUCCAGUCUUCAGCAGAAUGUAAGAAUACCACCACUUAUUAAACUAAGAAAUACAUAUUAAAUUAUUGUACACUUACAUGCAUCAUUGUUUUUAUUAAGCACUCAGUAUGUGUUCAUUGCAGUAUAAACAUUAAACAAGAUUAUUCUUCCCCUGGUGAAUUUACAGUCUGAAAGAGCUUCAUGGGAAGGAGUAGUAAUAACAUAUCAUUAAAACACCGCCUUUAAUUUAAUCCCUUUUUGUUUCCCUGUGGUUAAUACUCAUUUGCUGUUGAUAAUGACUGGUGUAUCCUGGCAUGUCAUGCAGUACUGUUUUAUAAUAUUACAGACCCCAGUUGUCCACUCUACUCCCUCUGCGGGAGGUUCUUGUUCAGCGUGAGGGGAAGAAGAGAGCAUAUGUCUGUGUUUCAGCUGCUGCCAUACAAAGCUCAGCAGCAUCCCUGACACCCACCUUUGAUGGUACUCUACACUAAGACCUUGGUUGUUGUAUCAAAGCACAGUUUCUUUCUGCCAUUUUGGCUUCCUGUAAGGACAGCUGGAAAUACUAAUGUCUUCAACAGCUGCAGCAAGAUUCUCUGAAGCUCCUGUGUUAACGCCCUGAGAGAAGAGACAUUGCAAGAUGAAAAUGGAAAUAGGGGCAUCCAAUUUUUGGUGAUAUCUGUUGCAUUUAGGUCCCUAAUUCACUUUUAUAUCUUUAUAGUAGCAUCAUUUUGGGGGAGAAUUCAGUAGCCAAUGAGAUUUUUUUAAGAGAUGGGAGCUUUCCUGGGCAAAGCACAUCAUAUGGCUUGGACCAUAAAAGGAACUGAUACUCCCCAAGGGAAGCAGGACUCUUGAACUAAAGGAGUUGGCAGGUUAGGAUUUGACUAUGGCAGUACAGUUCCGGCGGAAGGCAUCUGUGUGGUUAAAGAAGCGCAAGAUCACUUUGUUGGCCGUUUCUUGCAUGGGACUGUUUGGUGCUAACCUUUCCUAUCAUGUGUUUCCUGAGCAGACAUUCAAACUGUUGCAUGAGUGCUGGUCAGAGGGGCAGCCAGCUGAGCUUUCACAGAGGCUCUGUGGUGUCUUUCAGGAUGUCCUUCAAGAUACUGAUGUGAAGUCCACUGACUCCUAUCGAGCCUUUGCAGCUUCUGGCUUCCAGCCUGUGAGUGCUGGAGUCCCCUGGCUGCCUGCAGGCUCUUUGGUGGGCAUCCCACCUAACUUUGAUAGCACAGCUGAGGAUAAAAAAGGAAUAAUCAACCACGUUGUUGUGAUCAAUGGCAAGGAAGUAGACUGGGAGAGCAGCAAAGGUGUUGCUUUGAAGGAAGCUCUGACAUUUUCACUUAAAGCUCAGAAGUUUGCCAUUGCCAGAGAAGUUGUGUAUUUGCAGAACGGCAGCCCUUUAGCAAGCGCAGCUGUGGCUCCAACUUGCUUAGCUGGUACAUUUCUCUGUGGGAGAGGUAUAAAGCUACUUCUGGGUUUAUCUCCUGGCCCCGUGAUACUUCGAGGCAUUUGUAACCUCCUAACUGCUGCUGGUGGACUAAUGUGCUAUUACGUUUCUUACGACGCUAUGACCUAUCACCUAGACUGCAAGGCUGACAGAAAGGCAGCUACUAUUUCCAAAGACUAUGCCAGAGGUGGAGUUGAAUUUUAUGAUAAAAUAUUGUCUCGCAACAGGAUUUUUCGUGGUCUGAUGGGCAAACAAGGGACAAAAAUAUAUGCCCCGAGUGGUAACCUUUUCCCAAGGUACUGGUUCAGAAUAAAGUAUACCCCAUACACUUACCGAAGAGAUUUGAUUGUUAAUAUUUUAAGAGAGCUCCAGGCAUAGGAAGGGAGUUCUUGAAUUUUAAACUUGUGAAUUAUGUAUUCUGUUGGAACACUGCUGUGCUGCUUUUUUUUUUCUGUAUCUUCAUUAGAAUUUCAGGGUUAUUUUUUGCAUAUAGUUUGGAAGGAGUUAUUGCACAUUCUGUGAAUAAAGAAUUCUCUCUUAAUAUAUUAAAGUCUCCCUUCAAAAUUG